ACCACAGGGAAACAAACUAUGAACUGCUAUCAAUUAAAUUGAUUCAAUUUCUCGGAAUUUUACUUUCGUUAUAGAGAAGAGCAAGAUGGCCGACUCACCGAGAUCGUCACCACGCCGUUUGAGAAAAAGAAAGGCUCUGCCUAAGGAUCCUGUGUCAGAUGAAGUUCAAGAAAAUGAUGCAAAUGAUAAGGCAGAGAGUGAAGGCAAUCAAAAGAAUUUUCAGCUUUAUCCCAAUCUCACGGGAUUGCAAGAGAAAUCUCCAAAUGAUGCAGAAGUUGAAGAUGAAAACCAACUUGACAAUGAUGUGGAUGGUACUGAUGAUGCUGAAAAAGUAAAGCUUUAUCCCAAUCUCACGGGAUUGCAAGGGAAAUCUCCAAAUGAUGCAGAAGUUGAAGAUGAAAACCAAUCUGACAAUGAUGUGGAUGGUACUGAUGAUGCUGAAAUAGUGAAGGAAAACAGGAUACCUAAAGAAGAUGAAAACGUCAGUGAAAUUGGUGUGGUGCCUGUGAUAGCAACACUAUUUGCUAUGCUAGCAAUAUUGCUAUAUAUAUUUUGCCCGAUUCGUGGCGACGAUCAAAUUUGUCCAGAGGUACGUGCAUUCAAAGACAGCCUUGCUGUUUUGAAAAGCAAGUUUCCAAGCCAAAGCGAGCUUAUAUGGGAAGCAGUUGCAAAAUUAGGAGGCGAUCACCUAAACGAGGUUUAUAAUGAAACUCUUGAAGGGCCAAAUCGACCUCUUGUUUUCGUCUUUACCAGUAUAUCACGGAAUAAAAAAACCCUUAAUUGUCUUGCUAGAAAGAUCGGAGAAACUUUCCAGGCUGAUAAUACACAAAUUGGGAAUGUUGUUUCUGGUAAUGAAAUCGCAACGUCUUCUAACCAGAAACAAGCUCUCGAUGAGCGCCUCCGCUCUAUCCUUGAUGAAUCAGAUAAUCACAGAGUUGUCAUCGUUACAGAGAUAGAUUCGCUUUCAUAUGAGGUUGCUUCCAUAUUUUUCAAAUACUGUGACAACGAAGGAGCUCCUUAUCCGCGGGCAGUUUUCAUUUUCACGUUAACGAUGGACAAAGAGGAUGAUUUUUUGCAACAGAGCAGGAAAGAGAUUACGCGAGAGACCCGUGAGUACUUGAGUGAAGUCGUCUUGAAGGAUGGCGAUAAAGCACAAAUAGAUGCACUGAUCGCUAGAAUCAUGGAUCCAUUUCCUUUUAAAGUUAUGAAUGAAAAACAUGACGUUUGUUCUGACUCGUAAUGUAUGGACAGGUUUUGCUAUGGUUUAAGUAUACGGCUUGCUAAAAAUUUGAUUGGACUGUUUCUAUAAGAUUCAGAUUCGUUGUACAAUCGUCAAACUUCUAAACAGUAAAUGAACUCGGAAAUUCAAUAGCUUACAUUCAAAGCUAUGUAGCUGAAAUCUAUACGACUUGUAGCAUAUUAUAAACAUGUCGCUUCACUUCCGGUUGUUUAAUUUAUUUUUACUCAGGUUAACAUAAAAUAUACACUAAUGAUUAAUCUUAAUUUUGACUUGUAACUUCCGGCUACUUUAUAAGUAUAUUUAUCCCCUAUUUUCAAGUGUUUAUCUAGGUACUGAAAAUAGCUUAUAUGGAGCAGUUGCCUCCAUAUAUAACGUUUUUUGGCUUCCAAAAAGUGUGGACCCCCAUUUUUUCCUAGUCCAACUCGCUUUUGCCCCCUCAAUCUAACCACCCUGGCUACUCUACUGGAAAUAAUUUUUAGGGUUUUUGAUAUGUAAGUUUCUUAUGACCAGAUAUCGCACACAAUCGCUAGUAGGGGGCGGAUCAUGGAGAUUUCUUGACGGCGACCACACCCAACAAAUUCGCCCCACCCAUUAUUUUUUGCUCGCGAUGCUUGAUAUUCAAAGCCUUCGGUAAAACAAUGGCAUGCAUUUCCCUGACAAUCCAGAAACAUUUCUACGAACAGAAUUUUGUAUACCAGUGGAAAUGAUAUCUUGCAUGCGGUUUGUAAUGUACCUUUGAAAAGAAAAUUUAUAGUCCCUUUCAUCUUAUUCUUUCUUCCUUACUUGCACCUUGAACUCAAUAGAAGCGCUAUAUCUCUGUUUUGUUGGUGUUAGGCGAUAAAAAAUAUUUGCAACUUA